AACCCACCUCACAAAGUAAACAAUCUCAUAUAUUACAUCCUUUAUGUAUAUAUAUAUAUAUAUGUGUGUGUGCGUGUGUGUGCGUGUGUGUAUAAAGAGAUAUUAUUAGAACUUAACAAAGCUUGCUAGUUAACAUUCCUCUGCGGAAUAUCUUCCAUUUGUAUCUAGUUGGGCUGCUGUAGAUAUUGUGCUAUAUAUAUAACAAGCCUCUUCUGGCAAUGGCUAACCUGCAGCUACUAGAGAGAUCAUUCACCUCUUUUGUUUUCUCUAUCACACGCUGUUUCCAUCGCUAUCCACGUAAUAACAUCACAGAUUUCAACUACGACACCAUGCCCAAGGGUCGGCCCCUUUCUUUGCAGACUGUGGAACUCAAAGUAAGGAUGUGCUGCAUUGGCUGCGAGAGAGUUGUCAAGGAUGCUAUCUACAAGCUUAGAGGAAUUGAUUCUGUUGACGUGAACUUGGAAAUGGAGAAGGUGACAGUGAUCGGGUACGUUGACAGGAACAAAGUGCUUAAGGCAGUGAGGAGGGCUGGGAAGAGGGCGGAGUUUUGGCCGAAUCCAGAUGUGCCGUUGUUCUUCACAUCGACCAACGACUACUUCAAAGACUUGAAUAAUGAAUACAAAGAGAGCUACAACUAUUGGAGACACGGCUACAAUGUUGCGGAUAAGCACGGCAACAUUCCAGUUACUCUUCGAGGAGAUGAUAAAGUUAGCAACAUGUUCAAUGAUGAUAAUGUCAAUGCUUGUUGUCUCAUGUAACAUUGCUAAUUAUACAACCUACAAUGUAGGGGGGGGGGUGUGUGUGUGUUCGUGUACAGUUGUUUUAUAAUUUACAUGAUCUUAAUUAGUUUGUGCUAUUCAGCUUUCCUUGGUAGCCAUAGGAUAGCGUAUUAGAAAACACAUUAAGUAUGCAUGCUUUUGCUGUUUCAAAAAAUGUGGCAUGUUGUUUCUUGA